AUGGCUCGCGGAGCAGGCGGAGUCGGGGCGACGCGUCAGCGUCUGACGACAGCUGGCGGCGCGGUGAUGCGGACGAUGCGGGCGAUGCAGAGCCUGGCAGGGAGCCAGGGAUCCAAGGCUGUCCGUAACUGGCUCGGCGUCACAUCGGGCCUGGUCUACGGCAUGGUGGUGCUGGGCGGAGUGACGCGGCUGACCGAAUCGGGCCUCUCCAUGACCACCUGGUCGGUUACCGGAUCGCUCCCGCCUUCCACCGACGAAGAGUGGGCCGCCGAGUUUGCCAAGUACCAGGACUCGCCCGAGUACGAGAUCCUCAACAAGGGCAUGACCGUCGACGAGUUCAAGCGCAUCUUCUACUUUGAGUACUCGCACCGCAUGCUCGGGCGCCUCAUCGGUGCCGCCUUUGUCCUGCCCAUGGGCUAUUUUUGGGCCCGCGGUGUGCUCACGACCCCGCUUAAGAAGGCUCUGCUCGCCAUCGGCGCCAUGAUCGGCGGCCAGGGCCUGCUGGGGUGGUACAUGGUCAAGUCUGGCCUUAAGGACGAGUUUGACGCCUCGGGCAACGCCCCGCCGCGAGUCUCACAGUACCGCCUCGCCGCCCACCUCUCGUCGGCGCUGGCCAUCUACUCGGCCAUGCUGUGGACCAUGUUUAACGUCGGGACCACGGGCUCGCCGCCGCUGAACGCGGCCCAGCUUGCGCCGCGCGCGCUCUCGGUUCUCCGCAACAAGUCGACCGCCCUCCUCGGCGUUCUGGGCGUAACCAUUGUCUCGGGCGCGUUUGUGGCCGGCCUUGAUGCUGGCCUGGUCUACAACGAGUUCCCGUUGAUGGGUGGCUCCAUCAUCCCGUCGGACAUUGUGCGUGACGAUCUGCCGCUCUGGCGCAACGUGUUUGAGAACGACGUCAUGGUUCAGUUCAACCAUCGGCUCCUUGGCCUCACCACGGCCUCGGGCGUCCUUGCCAUGUGGGCAUACGCCUCGCGCCUCCCGCUUCCUCGGCCGGCCAAGAUCGCUACCAACGCCGCCGCUGCCCUUGUUGUCGCCCAGGCCUCACUCGGCAUCUCCACCCUCCUCAUGUUUGUGCCUGUCAAGCUCGCCGCCAUGCAUCAGGCCGGCUCGGUUGCCCUCCUCUCCUCGCUCCUCUGGCUCCUCCAUGUCCUUCGCCGCGUCCGCAUCUGA